AUGGCGGACCGCUCGCGAGGCGUGUCAGACGAGGAGCUCUUCAUGAGCAGACCUGCCGAGGGAGACGACAGCCCGACCAUCGAACCCCUGAGGAUAUUCAAACCCCAGAGCCCCAAGCCGGCCGCAGGCAAGCCGACCGAUCGCUUCAACUACCCUAUGCCGCCCUCCUCUGCGGCCUCCUCCUCGUCCAAACACCCGACCUUCCCCCUGCCGCCGGGAGCCUCCAGCUCUGCAAACCCCUUACCAUAUCCCGACGACGAAGAUCAUCGCAUCGCACCCAAGCCAGCGAGGCCAACAUACGGAGAGGACAGCCGCAAGUCGUCGACCUCGAGCAAGGUCUACGGAACCCCCACCAGCUCGUCACCGGCGCCGUACAAUGACACUUCACCUCGGCUGACCCUAAGUCCUACCGAUAACAAGGGUCCCGGCCUCGCAGAGAGACGCGGGACGGCCCCAAGGCCUAUCACCAGCCCUACCAGCCCCGAGGGGGAAAAGGAGGGCUUGUUUGCGAAGCCUAUCGCAAACCCGCAGCCAAAGAUCUCUACGGCGUACCAGAACAAGCCAUACUAUCCGCCCCCAGGAGGCGCCUCCGGUUCGACCUCGGGCAGUAAUGCUCGGCGCGAACAAGAUACUCUCAAGAUGCCAGUGGAAAGUGGCGUCAACCGGUUUGCUUCUACAGCGUCCACCUCCACUACCCGGGCUAGCAGAGGAUCGCCCCCUCCGCCCGAGACCCCUAUUGUCGAGCCCGGCACCAUCCCCGGUGGCGGUAUCGAAGCCCGAUAUGCCGCUGCCGGCAUCUCCGGCACCGCGACCCUCAACGGGCUGCAAAGCGCCGCCGCCACACACCGGCUUGCCCAGUAUGGUGGCCAGCCUCCGCAGUCACAGCCUCCCCGGCCGUGGACGCCGACGGAGGCUCCGGGCCAGCAGCCACACGGCCCUCCCACCGUGUAUCAAGGCGCAAACCCGGUGACUAGCCCGACGCAGGCCAGUUUCAAUGCGCCGCCCUCCCAGCCUGCCAACUCGAACCAGCCCAGCUUGCAAGUGAGUAUACUGGAGCAAGACUUCCAGCGCAUGCAAGCUUCGACUCCGCCGCCGGCCUAUAGUAGUGUGACAACUAAUAACAACUCAUCAUAUCCCAAUGAGAAACAACGGCCGGCGGCUGCUCAGAGCAGCGCAAGCUCCACUCCAGCUCCAAGCCAGCCGUCCGCUGCACCAGUCCCAGUCGCGAACCAGAACUCGGGCAAGCAGCAGAGCUCUCCGGCUGCAGCGGCGGCGGGGCUUGCUUCCCCUGCGGUCUCGCUGGCCAGUCACCCGGCGUUCGCGAACGAUCCAAGGCCAGAGAGCGUGCAUAACGGCAAGCCCGUGCUACAGCAUACACCCUCAGUACUCCAGGGGCAGCCGACAUCACCUCCUCCGCUACCCGAGGGCUGGAUUGCCCACCUAGAUCAAAAUUCGGGCCAGUACUAUUACAUCCACCUUGCCACACAGGCAACUCAAUGGGAGUUCCCCAAGGGUCCUAAUCCCAUGCAUCACGAGACAGCACCUUUGUCCCCAACUGCCUCGACUUAUGGCAACCCCAUGCUUUCUCCCUUCGGGAAACAGCCCAUGACUUCCCCUGGCCUAUAUCCACCGCAAACUCCUGGUGGAUAUGCCGAGAGUAUCAUGAGUGUCGCCGCCUCUGCCACACCUUCAGCAGCCGGGUUCAGUGGACCACCGCCUAGUGCUGGUGUGGACAUGUAUAAGAUCACGCCUACUAACGGCGUGUACUUCGGGCCUUAUCUUCGAUAUGUCAACAUGGAUGUCGAGAGGGGCAUCUGGUUGGGAAGCAUCAUGAUUGUCACUGAUGCUCCUCAGCCUCCUACUAUUCACAUUCACCUUAGCAUGGACCUGUCGCCGAAUCCACGGCAGCUAGUACCCAAUGCCAUCUAUACCCACCAAAGGUGGACGUUCUAUAAGUACGAUAUGGAUCUUCAAAUGGGUGAAGGCGCAUCCGAGAGGUGGACUUACGCCGUCACAUCUCAUCUUGGCUGCACGCGAUACGAAUUUGUGGUAGCUGGGAGACACGAGCUUGGCUGGAGGUUCAUCGCCCACUCAGGCAACGACUUUGCCGCCUCCACAUCCCAGAACGAGCGGGCGAAGCUCGGUGGUCCGGGUCUGAUGUGGAAGGACGUGCUCCAGAAGAACGUCGAGUGCGGCGGUUUCCACGUGCAGCUUGGUCUUGGCGACCAGAUCUACGGCGAUCGCCUGUGGCGCGAAGUCCCUCUGCUGAAGCAGUGGCUCGCCAUGCCGGGCAGAGAGAACCGGAAGACUGCGCCGUGGACUGCUCGGCAUGAGGAAGACGUCUCUCAUGCCUACUUCCACUAUUACACCAGUCAUUUCGACCAGCCGUUCCUUCGUGAGGCGUUUGCUCAGAUUCCUCAUGUGCUUCAGAUCGAUGAUCACGAUAUAUUCGAUGGGUUCGGUUCAUAUCCCGAGUACAUGCAGCAAUCGGCCAUAUUCAAGAACAUCGGUCGCAUCGCCAUCGAGAUGUACCUGCUCUUCCAACACCACACAACUGUUGAGAUACUCCGCAAUGUGAAUACUGACCUUGAUCUUUUCACCAUCACUGGCACCGGCUGGCAUUUCGUCAAGUAUCUCGGCCCAGCUGUCGUGGUGGUAGGCCCAGACUGCCGAUCAGAGCGGACACAAAGCCGCGUGCUGGCCGGCCCAACGUAUCAGGGCAUCUUCCCUAAGGUCGCAGUUCUGCCGCCAAGUGUCCAGCACUGCAUAUGGAUGCUCUCGGUUCCUGUAGUCUACCCUCGGUUGGAUACUGUCGAGACGUUGGCAAACACCUUCAACACCGGCAAGAAGGCAGUCAACACCACUUACAACCUCCUCGGCAAGGCUACCAGCUCGGUUGCUGGUAUCAUUGGCGGCAAGGAGGUUGUGCAGCAGGGCUUCAACCAAGUGAAGAAGGCCGUUGGCAAAUCUGGGCUGAUGGGCAAUGUGCUCAACCAGUUCGGCGAGUUUGACCUUGCAGAAGAGCUCAAGGACCUGUGGACGCACGACUCGAAGGAUCUUGAGAGGACGUAUUUGAUUAGGACGCUGCAAGGCAUUGCCCACCAGAAGGGCAUCAGAAUGACCUUCCUAUCAGGUGAUGUCAAUUGCGCCGGCGCCGGCCUCGUGCACGACCCAUCACACCCAAGCGACCACAAGACCAUGUACCAGGUGAUCACGUCGCCGAUCGUGGCGUCGCCCGCGGGCAACUACCUGCUGAAGCUGCUGCACAACAACCGGCUGCUGUACGUGCCGGGCAACGGGCAGAAGAGCACCAACGAGGUGUCGGACACCAAGGAGGACAUGAUGGAGAUCUUCCACACGGACGCGUCCGGCAGCCCCCGCGAGCUCAAGAAGCUCAUCGGCCGCCGCAACUACGUCGCCGUCGUCGCGUACGACCCGGAGGUCAUCGCCGGCACCAACUACGCCGCCAGCGUCGCCAACGGCCAGCAGGGCCUCAGCAAGCUGAGCCUCGCCGUCGACUUCGUCGUCCAGGGCGACGGCGGCUUCCAGGCGCCGACCAAGUAUGGCCCCGUGAUCGUGCCGCACUUGGAGCCGGGCCAUUGA